AGUAGCAACUCUAACGGAUGCGUUACACGGAUAGUAAUUUCGCUUAACUUUAUUCCUUAUUAUCAAAACACGCGUUUUGUUUUUGUUUCUUGAGGACUGGACAAGGAAAGUUGACAAGGAAUACCUGCCAGCGCCGAACGCAACGGUCACUCGCAUAUCAUCCGCAAACUGUCACACCUUCGUCCCUCAAGAGUGCGUUGAGGAGAUUGGAUCUGCUUUCGGACUGCAUUUUCUUGUUUGUUGCAUUGUUUGGGGGGUGAGGGACAAGUCCCUAGAAGUACGUACAUGCUAUUUUUUCUUUACAAAAUGAGUGUGGAUCUGUGAUCUCUAGAUCUUCUUAGUAGGGUUGUGGGGAUCAUCUGUGAAGUAGUUUUUUAGAUCCUGUAGACUGUGUUGUUUCCUCUCUUUCUCUUUGUUGGAUAGCCUACUGGAAUUUCAAUAAGACUGAGUCACUUUCUCUCCUCUCGCCCAUGAAACCAACUCACGGAUGGUAAGGAUUCCAGAGAAUGGUAAAUGAUCGAUGGAAAAUCAUGAACAGUGUUUCAGAACUCGAGGAUGGACAGCAUCAUAAAUCGCAGAGGAUGAGCUGUAGUUAUCUCUUAUGCACCAUACUGCUCUUUGUUGCCGUGUUACUGGCUGUCACGGUUACCGGGAUCAUCCUUCUUAUGAACCAUUACCAAGCGCCCACUGGCCCUGACGGUCCCCCUCUCAUCAGCACCAACCAGGAUGAGGGUAAUGCCUUGGUUACCAUCGAGAGAGGUGACGGCUCUCACAUCAACAUCUUUAUUGACCCUAACUGCCCCGACUACAACAAUAACUUCCUGCGUCUGGAGGGGGUGCAGACCUCUCUGCUGCACUCUCUCACUGACCAUGACACUGAUCUGAAGUCAGUGAAAGGACAGGACCGUGCGCUACUAGUUAAACUUGCUGAGGAAGUGGCCAAGCUGUCUGCACACGCCAGUCAACUGAAGAUGGAGUACAACGCACUGAGACAGGGCCAGAGCAACAUCGGACAGGAGCUUGGCACUCUGCAGGCCGAACAGGGCAGGCUCAUUCAGCUGCUGUCCGAGAGUCAGAUCAACAUGGUGAAGGUGAUGAAUUCUGUGAGUGACGCACUCAGCUCCAUGCAGAAGGAAACAGGAAACAUCAAGAGCCGUCUCAAGGCAGAUCUGCAAAGGGCUCCGGUGCACAGUGUCCGACCCAAGGGCUGUGCCGGUGGUGAAGGUUCCAGACCCAGAGACUGCAGUGACAUCUAUGCCAGCGGGCAAAGAGAGGACGGCAUCUACUCUGUGUUCCCUAUACACUACCCAGCAGGCUUUCAGGUCUUCUGUGACAUGACUACUGAUGGGGGUGGAUGGACGGUGAUUCAACGAAGAGAAGAUGGCUCUGUUAACUUUUUUCGUGACUGGGAAGCAUACCGUGAGGGAUUUGGCAAGAUAACAGGAGAACAUUGGCUCGGCAUGAAACGAAUCCAUGCACUUACCAUUCAAGCCAACUAUGAGCUGAGAAUUGACCUGGAGGACUUUGAGAACAGUACCUCCUUUGCACAGUAUGGAUCUUUUGGAGUGGGUUUGUUUUCGGUUGACCCAGAUGAGGAUGGUUACCCACUGAGCGUCACUGACUACUCUGGCACUGCAGGCGACUCAUUGCUCAAACACAACGGGAUGAAAUUCACCACUAAGGACAAGGACAACGACCACUCUGAGAAUAACUGUGCGUCCUUCUACCAUGGAGCCUGGUGGUACCGUAACUGCCACACCUCCAACCUCAACGGAGAGUACCUUCGCGGCCAGCACACCUCCUACGCUGACGGCAUUGAGUGGUCGUCCUGGACAGGGUGGCAGUACUCGCUGAAGUUCACAGAGAUGAAGAUCAGGCCCACCAAGGAAGAGAAUAAAUGAGCCAGAACUAGAAAACUCACCUAAAAGAACAAAGAGGAACUCAAAGAUGGCUGUAGGUGGUAGAGACACUCAAUGCAGAAACGCAAGAACUUUUUGACUUCUCUUUUGUCAUGAUUCUGUUCAUAUUCCUCUUUCCUUGUUUCCUGACCAUCGUGUAGUGUUUGUGCUAAUGCCCAGUGGGCUGCUGUUUUUCUCUUGAUCUAUUGUUCACAUCUCUGAAUAUUAUAACGAAAUAUUGCAGGUAUUGUCAAAAACAGUGGUUCUCAACUGGUGGGUCGCAUGUCUGUUCUGAUAGGACAGCAGGGAAAAACAAUGCUAAAUGCAAAUUAUAAAAUGCAACUAACCAUAUAAUUGUGAAUAGUUAGUAUAGUAAAAUAAAUAGGCUUUUCGACUUUUAAAAAGGAGAAGUUCUUUUGUUGUUGAUGUCAAAGGUCAAGCAUCCAACCAAACUCUGUUUUAGCUUAAAUUCACAAUUCACUUGGUAGUAUCUAGUCAAAUUAGACAGUUGUCAAUAUGGACCGGUUAUAUGACUAGCUACACAAGAUGCAGGUUCCCUUGCAGCAAGGAUAUUAUCGAUAUUAAAUUGACAUUUGAAUCAAAAAUUGUCAAGAUUUCUAUACAGCCUAAGUCACGUUAAUGAUUUUUCAUAUUGUUGUUCCAAUUAUUUCUUCACGCUAGUAUGAAUACAUUUCAAAGAUUGAUUUUAAGGAAUUUUUGGUUUACUUUUGUAUGACAAUUUUGCUACAGUUUUGGGUCUUGUAAACCCUAGGUCCUGAAGCAAAACCAGUUGAGAACCACUGUUCUGAAAAAUACUAAUUAAUAAAUAAAUAAAUAGUUGUUGUCUAAAAAAACAAAACAAAAUUAAAAAAAAAACUGUAGCUGUGAAAUCUAGCGAGAACAUGUAGCUUUUCAUAACAAUGAAGACUUUGAACUCCUCUCAAACAAGUUCCUUUGAAUUAUCUAACAGAAAGACUGGUUGUCCUAUGUUAUUUUUGUUCAGAGCUUAAUCAGUUACUUGUAGCUAAACAUGACUAAGUUGCAUUGGUAUUUCCACCCACUGUUGUAAUAUCUGGGAAGUAACUAGGUUUCCCACAUGUCGAGUAAAUAUGUUAUUGACCACCAGGAAAGCACAAAGAGAAUAUGUGUCACAGAGGUGGCAUUCAGAGUGAUGGGCCAAUACAGACACAUUAUUCACCCUGACAGGUCAGUUGCACCAGGGCGUACCAGUCAUUGGAAGCUUUAUCAAUGGAGAAGCUGAUCUUGCUUCAAAGAACCCUGGUGUUACUGUUGGUUAUCAGUGUGUUGUGGAUUUUAUCUUAUGCUUUGGAUGGUUUUCAUGGCACAAUAGGUCAGUUUUUGACCUGAAAUGAAAAUGAUAUGGAUUGACGAAGCUUAGUGGGAUAGUUCACACAAAAAUGACAAUAAUGUCAUCAUUUGCAUUAUCUUUAUGGUUUUGCUCUUGGGGAAGCUCUCGGAACUGAACUUGGGUCGAAACCAUUUCUGUUGCUGAGCAGACUUUCAAUACAACAUAUUUUAAAUGUGAUACAUAAAUCAGAUUAUCCUGUGGGUCAUUUGGUAACUUGUUUUUUUUAUUUCUUCUAUCAAAGUAUGAUCAUGUAUUAUUUGUCUUUUGUUUAAGAUAAAUUGGUGAAUAUCUCCAAAUCUGGAACAUUUUAUUUCUUAAAGAAAUAGUUCACCCACAAAUUAAAAUUGUGUCAUUGUUUACUUAGGUUUUUUUCAUGUCAUGGUCAUUUAUGAGCGACACCAGUUCCAACUAGACAUCAUGGACGUCAAACCUACAUCAUCUUAAAUAUGUGGAAGCGUGAAUAAGAUUUGAGAGAACAACUUAGAUUUUGGUCUGUUCUUCACGCAAAGCUAUUGAAUUCAUAAGACUUUGAAUAUCGCGUAGUAUAGACUACAUUUAUAGUGUUUUUUGGCCUAUUUGGAGCUUGACAACCAUGGUUACUAUGAACUGUCAUUGUAUGGAAAAGAGCUUUGUGAAGAUCAAGAUAUCUACUUCUGUAUUCUAUUGAAGGAAAAAAGUCAAACAGGUUUGGAAUGACAUGAGUCAUUGUGAGUCAAUGAAAAAUGAAAAGGAAUUUUCCUUUUUUAGGUGAUCUAUUUUUUCUAACAGCUGCUGGUUUAAAAGCAUCAACAACACAUAACAACUUUGCUCAUUUCUUCUUUUGUUUGCUUGUUUUCUGUCUAUGCAGACAUUACCCACAAAAUAUCUAUGCUGGAGAUAUGUAAUUUUCAGCAUUGAUAUUGUGCAUAAUGUGUCCUUUCCAAACAAUUAACUUACAAUGCCCUUAUUUACUCGUGUUUAUUUUUUGUGUCUUUGUAUUAGGUUUGAUAAUUAACACAUUUCUGAACAUUCCAUAUCAACCCUGCUGUUUUAUCUGUAUACAAAUUCCACUUGUCAAGUGAGAUCAAAGUUGAUUGACUUAGAUGAUGACUGCUAUAGUAGAUGAACUUGUGUUGCAUUGUUUAGAAUGUGAAAAUCUGUUUCAUAAGUUUAUUUGUAUCUUUAUAUUUGUUGUGAUUGUACAUUGAUUAUUCUGUCAAAGAUGAACAUUGUCUGCACUUUAAAAAACAAAACAAAAAGUAUUUUCCAUUUAAAAAAGUUUUACAAUCACUUUUAUAUCAAUAUAGGUAGGAUUUUAAAAUAUAUAGUUUUAUGUAUCGAAGGAUAUAUCCCUCAGAGUAUUUUGAGAAUGGAAAGGCUUUCGAUAUCAACCAGGUUUAUUGUAGAAAAUGUUUAUCUUACAGUAUAUACUGAAAUGCAAACCCCUUCUGAAAUAACAGUUUACCGAAAGUCAUAGGAAGUCAAAACUACAACAGAAUGAGCAACUGUAACAGUACCAUCAAAAAUAUAGUGCUGCUCAACCAAGCUUUUGAUCAAGAUUGUGACAUUAUCUUGCUCAUUGAGGAACCACAGGCUUUGCAGAGCAAAGGCAUUUCUGUGAGGUGAAAUUGUGGUGAACGGCACUCUGUUGAUUGAGUUCCACAGUCAAUUCCCUAGACGAACCGUAGGAGGGAUUUCAUUGCUACAGUUGUCCUGAUAUACUAGCAUGCGCAUUUAAAACAAAGGGAAAUGCAAAUAAAACACAUCAUCACACCUGACCAUGCCAUGCUUUUUUGUUCUCAGCAGGUAUAUUAAAAGAAAUGUGUUGUUCUUUUUGGGUGUGAUACUUUGAGGGAUAAAUGUGGGAUACUGCUCUGUUCCGAAAGCUAGUCAUAGAAUAUCAAUAGAAAUAGAUAAAGUGUAAUUAAAAAUGGAUUAAUUUACCCAACAUAUGUGUAUGCUAAGUAUUUUUAUGUUUUUAGAGGAUCACGUUGUUAGCUUAGCAUCAUGCUAACAUCAAACUCAAUAGAGUGCAACAGUGUCUGUCCAUUUUUUUUAGCUGUCUUGGUUCCAAAAGUAUUUUUGCAAUUCAUUUAUUCCAUAGGGAUUUUAAAAAAUCCUUCAUAAACGCGUUCUAAGAGACUAUAGACUAAUUGAACACACUCUGGGGUUAAUCCCAAUAUUACACACUUUGAUUUGAAGCCUAAAAAGGACAAAAAGACAAAAGUACAAGUCUGUGUCCUUAACGUCUUUCUUGAGGGAAUGAACUAUAAUUCCAUGAAGCAUUAUGAAUGAUGUAAUCAAAUACUUUUUUAUUAUAAGUAUAGAAACAAUAUAAGCUGCUUUUAUUGUCAAAUAUUAAUAUUUGAAAAUAUACAAGUAGUUUGAGAGUCUAGGGAGAUGGACUCGAUUGCGUCAUUCAUAGUGUAUCAUGGAAGUGGGCGCUCACUCUUUGACAGGUUUGGCGUGCUUUGUUUACAGCAAUUUUCUGAUUGGUUGAUCUUCAUUUUCAGGAUCAUACCUGGGUAGUGCAGUUCUUCAUUAAAUAUUUAGCUAUUAAACACUAUUUUAAGAAAAUGAAGAUGAAACGUAGAGAGAUGGCUUCAACAGACACAAAUACCUUUGAAUAAAGACCUGUUCUGUCUUUAAAUGUUUAUAAGUUAUCGUUAAAAAUCAAUUCUCCUAUGGAAAAAUGAAUGGGAUAUUUACUUUUAGAACCAGAUUGUUGCACUCUAUUAAAACCAGUUGUGAGUAUCCCAAGAGGAGCCUACUAGGUUUUGGAACAACUUGGAUCAGUUGUAUUGUGCUGAAGGGGAGAAUGUUCUAGACAGCUAGAGCUUUUGGGAAAGACUGAUUCUAAGUUGGUAGCCCCAAUUGCGCUCUGUGAACUUCUUGGAACUCCGAAACCCCUGCUGAUGCCCUCUCAAUCUACACCUGUCUGCUUGCCAGUCAUCCAUGUAAAUAACUUUUAAGGGUGAAACUGAGAAUAUCUUUCAGUUUAACAACACACCAGGAUGACAAGAGGAUGCUUUUAAUUUCCUUUCUCAAAGUAUUUUCAGAGUCAUCGCCAAAUGGCUACUUGAAUUUCAGAGCUGUCAACAUUAACACAUUCUCUAGGCUUCUUGCCUUGUGUGUGUGUAUAUGUUAUGUCUUUGUCAGAUGUUUGUUUGAUUGUUGGUUUGCUGUAAUUAGACUGUUUUUUUUUUUUUUUAAUUUGUAAUUUUAUUCCCUUUUAGGGUGACUUUUAACAUCUGUCCGGGGACUGCAGAUGAAAAAUAGCCUUCUGGCUAAUUCUGGCAUAUUGGCAGCAAUGUUAAUUAAUAUGCACUGUCCCUGUAAUAAUAAAUAAAUAAAUAAAUAAAUAAAUAAAUAAACAAAUGGAAUUGCAGAAAUUAUGCUAACAGAACAAGUUUCCUGAUGCACUCCCUCCAUUAACCAUUGCUCGACAAAAAUAUACCGUAGUCCUGCCCAAAGCUCACUUCAUUAGUUGAGUAAAUGUACCAUACCAUAAUGUUUACACUUUUUGAGGGAAUCAACCUACAAAUGGCUUAUUCUAGUUGGAGAUGCAAAUUAAGCGGGGAUAUUAGAAAGUAUUUUAACAUUUAAAAGAUUAUACAAUUCAGCUUUAACAAAUUUUGCCAUCCCAAACACCCCAAAACCCUCAACUCUAUAAUUUCUGGCAAGCUGAAAGUGAUGUUUCUUUUUGAGCAAAUGCAGAUCUACUGUACACUUUAUUCAAUUAACAUUUGGUAUGCUCCAGUGGAGCAUAAGCCCUCCCUUGACGCCCAGCCUGUGCUCCACUAUACUUUGGGAAUGACGAUGAACUGAUAUUCCAGUAAUUUUGGGGGUCUUGUAACAGAACAUUUAUUUAUCAUUAUUGUUGAUCAUUAAAAUGUGUUUAAAGUUAAGAGUGCCAUUUAAUAAACAUCCACCAUUUUUACAAUAAUUUAUUUUGGUUUGACUGGAGGAUUUUCUGUGACAGAAGAACAAUAAUUCCUCCUUGGCAGGUUUGCAGUGAAUCCCAGCUGGGGUCAGCUCAUUAGUUGGUAAUUGACUAGGUAGGCCAAGAACAUCCCUAGGCAAAGCUUGUUUUGUGUGAAUAUUGAGACUAUCACAUUUGUCUUGCUUUUUAAGUAUUUGCAAGUGUGGCAAUCCAUGGCCCAGAUGGCAAAAAAAGGCUCUCUAUUGGUGAGUGUUUCAAGAAUAUUUUGAAAAUGUAUGGCAUUUAUGGCAUACAGUUGAAAACCUUGUAUAAUCUUGUAAAACUUUAAAAUACAUUCAAAAAUGUAUUUUGUAUAUGUUCCAUGCAGGGCGUGACUGUAGCCUUUAGACUCCUUGUUAGCACGUCCACCUCCCAAGCCGGAGACUGCUGGUAGGUAGUUGUGCAGUGUGUAAACCUCACUCCCCUGGCCUCAAGAGGCACAUUAUUGACUGUCACUAGGGGCUGUAGCCUUUUGCCUCUUAGUUAGCGUACCCCCCAUCCCCUCCCCCUCCCAUGCCAGAGA